AUGUCUAUUAUUAGGCGCUUAGUGCGGUGCAUCUCUCUGUUGCUGAGCCUUGUCUUGAUGACUCAGCCAAUACCGCGAACUGGACGUUUGCAGUGUUCAUAG